AGUUUCAGUCAAUUUUACCGUCGCAAUGGAAAGAAAAAAAGAAAAGAAAGCACAAUUCAAUUAGACUGAUAUGAAGAAAUUGACUUGAUUCAUAAUCAUCAUUAUGCUAUUGUAUAUGCAAUAGACUCCACUUACCGAGUACAAUUUAUACCAAGAGGUACUCGUACUUUGGCAAGGCCACAAUUUAAUCAAGCCUAGCGAACUAACAAAUAAUUGUUAUAAACUAAUUUCUAAAUUUAGUAUUGUUUGAAUGUUGUUGAAUGAGGGCUGCUACUACUGCGGCUGCAGAUGUCCAUUGUUGACAUUCUGAUUCUGACCUCGAUACAACGGCAAUGGCUGAUUGUUGUCAACACGGCGUGGUCUCCGUACAUUUGGAUGAAUUGUCCGCUUGAACACCACGCAUUCACCUACCGAAUGAUACAUAACAAAAACACAUUACAUGUAUAACAAUUGCUUCAAAAUUUGUAUCAUUUUCAAUUGAUUGCAUACCUUUGUAGAGGAUCAGCUUCGCUGCUGCGAUAUCACGGUGCCAUACAGUUGUGAGCGUUGGUUGUGCUCCGGCAGCUCCCUCGAUUUCAACGUUUGCAACAUUUGGUAGCCAUGUUUUGAAGAAGCGUUGCUUCUUUGACACCAAACGACCUGCAUUCGGUCCAUCUCGAAGAGUUGCAGCAAUGACAUCGCCUAUAUCACGCAUCUCGCGCCACAUUCGUUCAAUUGUUCGUCGCAUUUGUAGUAAUCGUUUGCUCACAUUGGUUACGAUGGUUCGUGGUAGUCCAACAAUUGGAUUCGGUACACAACCAACACAUACCUUAUACCGAUGGCUUCGAGUUGCUACUGGAAAUCGUUUGAAGCACAAUGGACAAUGUUGUGAUGUCAUGUACUCAUCGACCAUUCGAAUGAUGCAAUUGCCACGUUUCAUAAUGGCCGCAAGCAGCUUCCGUGUGCCUGGACAUCGCACAUGUUUCUUGAUCUUAAUCGGCGAAUUAGCUGGUGUUGAUCCGCUGGCUCCCAUGUAGAAAAUUGAUGGUUGAUUGUGAACCAUUUUGCAUGCCGUUUUGUCGAUUGCACGAACCGAUUCGAUAUGCUUGUCCAGUCCCAAGCGUGCAUACUGUUUGGUUGAGUAUGUUUCAAUGCCAUCAUUCAUUACACGUAAUCGAUGUUCAAUGUACGAACGCCAUGAUGGUCCUUUUGGCGAUGGCAUUUCACCAAUCAUAGCUGCAAUUCGAUUACGAUCGGCUUGCUCUUCGAAAGUAAACAAUCUUGUGAUUCGUUCGGCUUUUGCAUUACGUCGGCCUUGUUUCGCAUCCCAGUGAUAUCGCUUGCUGGAUAUACGCAAAUUCACCUAACAAAAUGAAAACAACAAAAACAACAUUGUAUUCACAAUCACAAUCGCUUUCAUUCAUUAUUAAAUGACAAAUUUACCUCUUCUUUGGUAUGCAAAUCUCGUCGUACGGAAGCGUUCCACGUUCGCAUACCCGGAUCACAUCCAACAGCAUAUUUCAACUCAUUGCUGUCAUACAUUGCCUUGAUUUCGUCAUCUGUUGUCUCGACUGGUGGUACUUUCGGUUUUUUGUACAUCAACGAUACAGAUACGCCAUCGGAACAAAUUUGAGAAUCGAAUUCCUUUUUGUUGUGCACAAGUUUGAGAAUUUUCUCCACAUCGAAGAAUAAAUUCCAACUUAGGAUUUUAUUUGUGCGGAAUUCGUUGCUCGUGAUGUUUUUGAAAUUUGUUGUUCCGUCUUUACGUGUCCGUUUACCGCACUUUCGAGGCACCAAUUUCGCAUUCGAUAGGAUAACGUACAAUGCGUCGGUGUCAAUUCGAAUGUGUCGACGCUGAAAAGUGCACAUCGGCACAACGACAAAGUUUUUUAUUUGCGGUUUAUCGCGACGAUCUUCGUAUGCAAAGUGAAAGUUCCGAAUAUCGCGCUGAAUUUCCGACCACAUGCGAAUCGACUUGAACCAAUCCUCUUUCACAAAGUCACGGAUAUUGCAAUCGUCCGGUGCUCCCAACCAACGCAAUUCAUCCAAUAGUUCACCCAAUCGCAUCUCACGUUCAACGUCGCCAAUUGCGGUGUUUCGACGACGAUAAGUAUAAUUGAUGGCAUUUUUUAUAUCUUCCUCGUCGUAGUAUGGCAAUUCGAAUUCGAUCAUACCGUACAAAUUGUUGAAAUAAUUGUACUUGAUGGCGUAGUCGUUGAGUUCGAAUGCUCUCAUUUUAAAAAACUUCCGCAAUCGAGACUCGCAAUGCGUUGUCAGGUUCGUUUUGACAUUGUCGUAGUACUGCUCCCAUAUAUAUUUAAAACCGUUCCCGAACCCACCGUUUGUGGGCCAGUCAAUGUGUGCAGCGUCGACAAUGUUGCGGAAACCAGGUAACAUAAGCGAUAUGUUACUAAUGUUAUCGACAAGAACGGCCUUAAAACAGUUGUGUAUGAUCGUUGAUGGUUCAUCGGUUUCAAAAAAAUCAUAGUUGAAAUCGUCGAGUGCUUCAUUGACCUAUUCAAGAAACACAGAACACAUAGAGAGAGAGAGAGACAAACAAUCAAAUCGAUUCAUAUAAAUACAAUGGAUCGCAUAGUGCCGAAAAAAUGAUGAAAUAAUGACGAAAAAUAAAAUUUGGUCAAAGAAAUGUGUGUACUUACCUUCAUCAAAAAUAGUAACGAUGCAAGGCAUGCGAUCUUCGUAGCCUUCACCGAUAAGUACGAAAUGAUUGCGACAAUUACAUCCCGAUAUCGUUCACGGAUAAUUGAUGGCAGUCCUUGCUUUAUACACCUUUGGUCGGCGUUUGGAUCAGCCUUCUUGUGACGACCCAUUUUGCAGUCUAUUUCAAAAUUUAAAAAAAAAAACGGAAAAAAGAAAGAAAAAAUGCGUUAAAUAAUUAUAUAAACAAUUGAAGGCUACACACAACGUCAAAUCGCAAUUUCAAAGCACAAAACACACAAUAGAGAGUACAACAAUAACAAUGAUUGAAUGGCCAAACAGUUUAAAUCUACUUGCCUUGUGAGGAUUUUUCGCUAAACUGAAUUCGAUUCGCAAUAUUCGACAGUCAAAAAUCCAAUGGCAUCAAAUUUGAAGUUAAUACACAGUCAAAUUCACACAACAAAGACAUAUAAAAUGAAGAAUGCACUUCCACACAAAUAAAAUGAACUUCCUAUCAAUUCGAUACAAAAUACACUGUAAUGCCGCUUUGAUUUCUUACUGUGUGACUUUGGAAAUGUUCUGUUAUUUUAAAAACAAAACAGGAACAAGCACAAAAUUCACCGUAAAUAAAUCUAUUCUUUGCAAAUUCACAAUAUCUACGUUGAAAUUAGAAGAAAGAAUUCUGUUUGUUUGAACUAAAAAUCCACUAUGCAUUCUCAAAACAAAGCACAUUUUAAAAUGUAAACAAAAUUAUGAUGUUUGCAUCUUUUUUCAAAGUGACGAUGGUUGAACGGCAACUGUCAAAUUCAAUUCGAAUGUCUUUCAGAUUUCGAAAUUCGAAAUUCAUAUACGUUCAUUUAAAAAAAUAAAUGCUGAUUGCCGUUUAAAAAAAAUUCUUUUGCAGAAAAUUAAAUCAAAUCACUCAAAUCUAAUUCGUUUGCAGAGAAUGGAUUUUCUUGUGGUAAAUAAAUCAUUAAAUUUGAAAUACAAAAACUUAACGUACAAUACACAUAUUGGGUGGCGAUCAUAUUAUACGGUCAGAGUAUGUUUUUGUAUGGUAGUAAACAAGUGGAACGAAUCAUUCCAUUGGAAGUUGUAAAUAUACUGGAAACUACACACAAAAUCUACGUUCCAUUUGACACGGAAAUGACCACUAAACCGGGCCAAAGCGUUACAUUUUUUAACGUUAAAAUGUCCUAAAAACGUUACAUAUUUGUCCGUUGGGUAUACAUACGAAAGAAUCCAUUUUCGUUCUAUUCUAAUUUGGCCGAGCCGUGGAUCACAGCCUUUGGAGUAAGCUCAUCAGCCAUCGCAUUGCCAGUUGCAACACAAUGUAUGAUAAACAAAGUAAAAAGCGAUGAACGAAUUUCAAAGUUUGUUCUAUCACUCGGUGUUACACUCAACAACAACGGAACUGCCUUCUUUCUUGCCGUUUCAACGAUUUUCAUUGCGCGUAUGACUGGAGUCACAAUGGACUUUUCAUCGAUUGCAAUGAUACUGAUUGUAGUCACCGCUUGUUCAAUGUCAAUGCCAUCAAUUCCAGGUGGAGCAUUGCUAGUAUUACUGGUUGUUCUCACUGCAGUCGAUGUCGAUCCACAAAAUGUUUCGCUUUUAUUUGCCAUUGAUUGGAUUUUGGAUCGGCUGAGAACGACGAGUAAUGUAAUUGGAAAUUGUUUUGCUGCCGUUAUUAUUGAGAAAAUGUUUAAAAAAGAAUUGGAUGCGAUCGAUGCAGAGACGCAAGCAGAAGACAAACUGAAUCUAAUAGUCUAAAUUUUGGUCGAUCCAACGAUUUAUUAUUCUAUUUAAUACAUUCGAAUAAUAUUUACUGCCGUCUGUUCGAGAGCACUCAAGGACAUCUGUUGUCAUUUUUCCGAACUAGUCUUCAAUUUAGAAUGCUCACGGUUCACGACCGUGAAAAAUGUCAGCUGUUUGGCACAACGUGCAAGCGACAACUGUCAAACUUUUAGUACUAUGAGUAAUUUGUGUACGAUAUUUUUAUCUAAUGUUUGUAUGAUUAAAUGUAAACAUGUUAUAAAUUAGCUCAGCAGUUUUUUUUUCUUUGGAUUUUGAUGGAAUAUUUAUCGUUAUUAAAGUGACUUCGUGAGAACAAUAAUAAAAAUCUAUGCGGGUGUGAUAAUUGAUGGAAAAAAAUCGCAUUCAUAACCAGAUCACCAGUGGAUGACACGUGCAGUACAUCUCAAAAUAAUAAACUUUGGUCGGUAUUAUUCAAUUCUUCAUAGAAAUAGAAAAAAUCAAAUCCACGAUGAAUGACGGCAAAAAUGAAGCAUAUCAACUGAAGACAUUCUAAGACAUAUGGAAUAUAGUCUUAUGGAAUACAACAAAAUAUGGCACCUGGUCAAUUGGAUUUUCGAUUAAAAAUCUAUAUUUUGGAAUUGGACUCACAAACUACAGAAUUAUCAUCAUCAUCAUCAUCAUCGUCAACGGCAGGAACCGUCACUUCUACAAUUGAUUAUGUAACACGCGUCAUUGACACAUUCGAUGUUUGCCGCAACGACAUAGACUAUCGAGCCGAAGGCAAUGCAAAUAUUGUUCUUACCAUUCCAAAGCGAUGUCAGGUGUUACGUUUGCCAAAAAUAUCUAAAAGUAAACAAAACAUCUGCCGUUCGACCGCAAAAGAAUGCUCGAAAAAUAAGAGCAUAUUUUACGUGUAUAAAUAUAUAGAUCGUGUAUCAAAACUGUUUGGACAAAAUAUAGCAAGCCGACCGAUUUUGGUGCGAAUCGAAUUUUGCAAUGUUGAUGCAUUUAUGUAUUGGUUACACAACCGUAGGCCUGUGCAUCGUAUACAAGCGACAUCAAAAAAACGCGAUGACUUUGAUUUUGAUUAUGGUUUACUUUAUCACGACGCUUGUAGCCUAAAUUUAAAUUUGGAAAGUUCGAUGCCGUGGUUUCGAACAUAUUGCGAUGCUGCGUUGUUAGCUGUUGAAAUCAAACCAAAGCAAGGAUGGAAUAUUUGCACGGAAUUAUCGGAGUGGCUGCUUGAGUUAUUUCAGAUUGGCCUUGGUUUACGGAAUAAAUGUCGAUAUUGUGCUAUGCAACAUCAGAAGGUUAAUGGGCGUAAUGUAAAACGGCUCAGCAAAUAUUGUCCGUUGGAUCUAUUUUCUGGUGACAAGGCACGCAUGAAAAAAGCUAUAUCUGGCUUAAUUGAGUCUCCUCAAAAUAAUUUCCGAGUUUUUUGUAACGGACAUCUUAUAUAUUCCGAUAUUAAUCAAGAGCACGAUUUACAAUCCAUCUUAUCCCCAUACUUUGGCAACAAUAAUUUAAAUAUCGAGAAUGAUUUCAUUUCACUGUUGGUAAAUAUUUUGCUGCAUGACUUCGACGAAAUGCUUAAUAAGCGUUCUUCUGAAGUGAAUAAAUCAGAGGAGCCAAUAUCGUUCUUAGAAACAACAGAACAACAAUGCACGGCAAUUACCUCAUCUCAUUUACCAAAUCGCUCAAUACUGAAACGUGUGCUAGAUCUACAAUUACUUGCUAAGAAAACAAUUCCGUAUAUCGCACAAAAAUAUUUGGAUGACGCCAAUGUAUGGGUCGAUUUAAUCAAAAAUGUUCAGUGGUCACACUCGCAUGUAUCAAAAUUAUGUCAGAAACUCGAUAUGGCCGAUGAAAAUAUCGAUAAUAUAAUUGAUUAUGAAUAUUUAAAAACCACAUACAAUUUGAGCGACGAACAAAUGUACGAGAUUGGAGCAACUGCGCUAGACUCAUCUAUUAUGUUAACAUUUCAAUGUAUUGACCAACAAACUAAUGAUAAUUCAGGAAAUAAUGAGUACGCUGUUGUUAAUUUAAAUGAUCAACAAUUCAUCGUGAGCGCAUCUGUAUUCGAUCUAGAUCCAAAGUUUUAUCCACGACACUUUACAAAAUAUGUACAAAAAACACGAGAAUCAUAUAACGCCUAUCAACUUUUUUUAAAUGCUGAAAAUCCAUGAUAUUUUCAAUGUUUCAAUUUCUUCUUAUUUUAUUGUAAAUUUUAAAUGUUAUCCAUCGUCUUAUAUAUCAAAUAAAUUGUAAAUAUAUUUUUUUUAAACUACUCAUUUUAACUGCUUUCAAAGCACACACUAAGCAAUUUGCAAUAGAUGGCGGUAUAGGAAAGUUUUCGGCCCAUACUUUAGAGCCAUAAUUGAAUGUCAUCGACAAACUCACGUAAUUAUCACCACAGAAUUGAAUUGAUUUGUUUAUUUAUCCAGAUCAAUCAUAAAUAAAAAUCAAAUUUAAACAGUUUGUUUUCGCAGAAGUCACCAGAAUUUUAUGUUCGGUGACAUCUCGUUAUCGAAAUCAUUGAACACAUUUUUGCGCUUCCUGGUUUUGUUCAUUUAGAUCGGUUCGUUGUGUUUGCUUUUGAAUUUGUGUUUUUCUUAUCCAAAAUGAUAAUUGAUUCGUCACGGUGACUUAUUGAAAAUAAAAAUAGUACAUGAACAAAAUUCGAUUUUGAAAAAAACCCUUUAUUAAUUGUGGUAUGUGUGCAAAACGCACGUACACAACUCCAGAUUGAAAGAGAUAGCAGAUUCGCAAUCAAACCGAUAACAUUUUUUUGUUGACAAUCUUCAAAUUUAAUGAGUUUGCUGAUAAGCUUCUGAAAUAUCUAUAGAUUACAGAGAGGAAUUCCCAUAAUAAUGGAAUUCCCAUUAUUACGCGAUCAGAAAAGAAGUGCGAUAAAUCGUGAACGGUCGAUCACUCCCUCACUCUCCGAUCAAUUUGAGUAGUUAAAUUUUAUUUUAUCGAAAAAGGUGUGAAAAUCCGUCAUUAAAUCAAUUUGAUUGAAAAUAAAUGCAACGCAUAAAGGUGAUUUUCUAUCUAAUUCGACUGAAAAUUCGUCUGAAGUCAUAAGAGCUGAAAACAGGAGAUGCAAUGUUUUAUAUAACGACACACACAAUAACUCAAAAUCAAUUUGCUGACAAAUUUGUUGAACAUGAAUUUCCGAAUAUCGAUCCACAAGUGUGCACCAUUCCAUUUGGACCAUACGGACUGACAACGGCUGAUGAAAAGAAGUCACCGGUUUUUCUUCAACCAAAUAAUCUGUACACAAUCGAGGAAGGGAUUGAUCAAAGUAAAUUGGCACAGAAAUGCGAUGAUUUACAUACAAUUAUUGUGGCCAAUGGUCUAAGAUCGCACACAACAUCAGUAUGCAGUACAAAAUCUUUAUUAAGUACCAGUGAUUCGGGGCAAGGUGCUUCAUACGAUGGGCAAACAAUUUUGGUGAUAAUGAUGGCUGUGAUUUUUGCGCUAUUGCUCUUCACACUCAUCACUUUAGUUUUUAUUAAAAUAGUCAGUUAGUUUUAGUAUUUAAAAGGAAAAAUGUUCGACAUUUGACUAGAAUAAAGAAAUUAUACCUUAAAUGAAUUCAAUAAAUCAA